GUGAAUCAUAUAGUGACGCGCCACAUGUAGGCGUGUGUGGCAGGAGGUGGGGCUGCCCUCAGGAUUGGCAGCGGCCCAGUCCAAGAUUGCUCUUCUUUAUAAGACCAGUCUGGUCCAUCCAGCUUCACGUCAGCUGAAAGAACCCUGUUCCUUGCUUCAUAGUGGCCUGCUAACGCGACAACAUGGGCAGACAAAAGAUCUAUUUGGAAAAACUGUCCAAGACCUUCCAAAUCCGCAACCUACUGCUUCGCCAGGCCCUGGCCGAAUGUCUGGGAACCCUUAUCCUUGUGAUGUUUGGCUGCGGUGCAGUGGCCCAAUUAGUGUUGAGUAGUGGCUCUCAUGGUUUGUUUCUGACCGUCAACUUUGCCUUUGGUUUUGCCGCCACCUUGGGAAUCCUAGUCUGUGGCCAAGUAUCAGGAGGACAUCUGAACCCUGCAGUAACGUUUGCCCUGUGCCUGCUUGGGAGAGAACGCUGGAGAAAGUUUCCCAUGUACUUCCUGUUUCAAACAAUCGGUGGUUUCUUGGGUGCAGCUAUUAUUUUUAGCAUGUACUAUGAUGCCUUGUGGGACCAUCCUGGUGCAUUCAAUGUCACUGGGCCACGUGCUACAGCAGGAAUAUUUGCCACCUAUCCUGGAAAACAUCUCACCAUCGUCAAUGGCUUUUUUGAUCAGAUUAUUGGCACAGCAGCACUGAUCGUUUGCAUCCUGGCCAUUGUCGAUCCCUACAAUAAUCCCAUCCCGCAAGGAUUGGAAGCUUUCACUGUGGGCUUUGUGGUUCUGGUCAUUGGGCUUUCUAUGGGCUUCAACUCAGGCUACGCUGUCAAUCCUGCCAGAGAUCUUGGACCUCGUAUUUUUACUGCCAUGGCUGGGUGGGGAAUCGAAGUAUUCACUGCUAGAAAUGGUUGGUUCCUUGUACCUGUUUUCGCCCCCUUCCUCGGCGCCAUCAUCGGUGUGAUCAUUUACCAAAUGAUGGUUGGCUUCCACGAGGAAGGAGAAGUGCGUGACCGGAGAAUCGCUGAACAGGAGGAAAACUUGCGACUCACUGACGUCGCCGCCAAUGACAAGUCCAAAGAGGCUACCAAACAAGUGCACUGAGCUGCUCAGUGCAUUUUGUUGAUUGACACACAACAAAAUCCAAGCCGGAUUUGAUCCACUUUCACCGCAGUUUAACUGCCUGAUUAGUGUGAUCUUGAAAUGAAGCUAAUUUUCUUUCUUUGUGUUGAUUUUCAUUACAUUUGUAGUAGUAAGAGAGAAACAUGCUGUAACACAAAUAUUCUUGUUGCUAUUAUGUCCCUGGUCUUUAACAGUAUUUUAUACUUUGUACCAAUGUAGUUUUGAAUACUUUUUAUGAACAGAUUUACAAUUUAAAUGUCCAAACAAGCACUUGGUAGGUAGGCUACCCCACUUAGUUUCUGUCAGUCCAGACAAUUUCAAUUAAAUUUGAAGUCAAGCUUUGAAAUGUGACAUUUUUAUAAGUUUAUUUUUUUAUUUCACGAUUAUAUCACAAUGUUUACUAUGGCUGCGGGGUUUCCUGAUGUUACAGUGUAUCCCCCCACCUCUUUCACAAGUAUAGUUAUCAAUCGCACCAUGUUUUUGAUACACAGCUGCACCUUGUGGGACUCGUUAUGGUGCUGGACUGGAAUAUGAGCUUCUUUGUGUUUUGUAUGUAGGUGAA